AUGGACCUCUCUCCAACGCUUGCCUCAUGGGUUGUCACCAACAUCCAGCCGAUGACAACUAUCCUCUUACUCUGCUCCACUAAAAAGGGCCACCCGCUCAGAUGGCUGAAUGUCUUCAUUCUUAUAGCCCUGACCGUCAUACAUGGAAAGUAUAUACACCUGCUAAGCAUGAGUACCCCAGAUGAUGUUAUGCAGCGAAUCAGCCCUCUCCCAGUGCUAUUACACACCAUGGUUCUAUUCAAGGGCAUCGACUACCAGGAUUUGCAAGCACAGCACAAACCUAAGGACCAAGGGUCACGGAUGGCGAACAUAUGGGCCGCUAUGCGGGUGACUAUGGACUGGUCCGCAGUUGGGACGCGCUGGCAAGUGCGCAAUGUGCCAAAGAUGCCCGCUUGGCUUGGCUCUAGUCCCACACUCAGUCGCUUUCUUAUGCGUCAGGUGGCAGUCGCAAGCUGGCAGUAUCUCAUGCUGGACUUCCUGCAGCGGAUUAUUCGCGAGAAUGAGAUCAUUUGGAAUGAGAUCAUUGCGGUCCUGCUUGAACCCACCAUUACGGCGAAACACUCAUGGCUUUUGGAGGCUGCUAUCAACAUCGUGACCUGGUUUCUUAUCGCUCGUUUAUCUUUGGACUUCAAAUGGCGCGCCACAUCCAUUGUCGCGGUUGGAUUGGGGAUCUCUGAGCCUGCGAACUGGCCCCCAAUGUUUGGGAGUAGUUUUGAGGCUUACACAAUCCGGAAUUUCUGGGGGAAAUACUGGCACCAACAGCUCCGUUGGCCGUUGUCAGCGACCAGUUCAAUCCUCACCCGCAACAUCCUCCACCUGCCUCGGCCAUCCAUACUUGAGCGGUACACGAGUACUUUCUUGUCAUUUUUGCUUUCUGGCUUGAUUCAUCUUGCAGCGCAAUAUAAAGGAUCAACUUUUGAAAAGCGGGGUGCUGUUGAAUUUUUUACCUCAUUUUCGCUGGGUAUAAUUAUUGAAGACGGGGCUCAAGCGCUCUGGUCACGAAUUACUGCGAGUGCUAGCGACGAAAAUAAUACCCCCAACGAUUCGAAUACUGCUCUCUGGAAAAAGAUAAUCGGAUAUCUCUGGGUGACUGGCUGGUUGGUGGGCUUAGGUGCAUAUUAUUCGUACGAUAUGGCCUACAUUGCGCUUAUCGAACCCAUGCCACUGGCGGUCAAUUUCACGGCAUUAUUGACCGUGCCAAUCACCGUCACUGUGCUAGUGGUAGGAUCGCUGGUUGGGGUCUUGGGCUUGGGGGCUGAGCCAUAA